GGACACGGGGCGGGGCGCACUGGGAGAGCAACAGCUCGGGGCGUGGUCGGGGCGUGGCCCGGCCGGCGGGAAGGCGGAAGGACUCUUUGGACCGUUCUCACCCACGAGAUCCCUCAGCCCCAGGCCCCGCACGCCGGGGACUGCAGCAUGGAGGCCGGGCUGCUGUGGUUCUGCAACUGGAGCACGCUGGGGGUGUGCGCCGCACUCAAGCUGCCGCAGAUCUACGCGCAGCUGGCGGCGCGCAGCGCUCGGGGCAUCAGCCUCCCCAGUUUACUUUUGGAGCUGGCGGGGUUCCUGGUCUUCUUUCGCUAUCAAUGUUACUAUGGGAACCCGCUGCUCACCUACCUGGAAUACCCCAUCCUCAUUGCACAAGACGUCAUCCUCCUGCUCUUUGUCUUUCACUUCAACGGGAACGUGAGGCAGGCCUUGCCCUACGCAGCAGUAUUUGUGUCUUCUUGGUUCGUCCUCAGCCUGCAGAAGUGGAUCAUCGACCUGGCCAUGAACUUAAGCACAGUCAUCAGUGUGGCCAGUAAGUUUGCCCAGCUUCAGUAUCUGUGGAAGGUCCAGGACUCGGAAGCUGUGAGCGCGCUGACCUGGGGCCUCUCUGCCUACACCUGUGCAACAAGAAUAAUAACAACUUUAAUGACCACCAAUGAUUUGACAAUUCUUGCCCGUUUUGUGAUCAUGCUGGCUUUAAACAUAUGGGUAACAGCAACAGUACUGCGCUAUCGGAAGCCUGUCACCAAAGUCGAAUGAUGGCCGCAUUCUUUCUACACAGUGGACUUCAAAUAACUGAACCAGGGAUGCACUGUUGCUUUCCACUGCUACAUUUAAAGUCUUUUACUAGUCAAUCCUUUCAGAAACUUUAAAUCAGGUUUGUUAGAGCUGAAAAGCCUCUUAGCUGGAUAUGGCGGUGCAAACCUACAAUCCUAGCACUUGGGAGUUUGAGUUAGCCUGGGCUACACGGCAGACUCGGAGAAGGAAAGAGCCACUUGUUUAAAAAUGCCCACUUCCAUAGGUUGUGGUAUGGCUUAGACAUUGGGGUUGUUUGUGUGGGUGUGCGUGCGUGCGUUUCAGAUAAGGCCUCACUACAUAGCCCAAGCUAUCCUUAAACUUGUGAUCCUCCUUCCAAAGCCUCUGAGCACUGGGAGUGCUGGACAACAGAGGAUACCACCAUACCUGGCUUGUUACCUGCCAUGAUGGAAGCUGCCCAAGAAACCAUUUUAGCCCUUAAAGUAAGGACUAAGUUCUCUCUGGAGAGCCAGCUAUAAUUAUAUGCUUUCAGAAUCUUCAAUAGUCUUCCCAAAAGGAGUGCGGUCUGCUCAGUCAUGCCUGGGCAGUUUAACCCUUCCAUGACCAAGGGCUUGGCCUGGCACGUCACAAUACAGAGUGACAUAUCUACUCAAGACAAGUAAGGCUAUCACAGUGCACACAGAUGUUGCUGCGUCUAUGACUAAGUAUGCUCCAACACUUCACAGUGUGCCUUAACACCGUUCCUAACAGAUCCCUGAUCUCUACUUAGAGGAAAAAAUCCUAACAGCCUUCCUGAUUUGAGCACAAUGCAGCCUUUUUAUAAAAGGGGGCUGUACCUCAUAGUUACACUGCUGGAACUUAGUAUAGGUGUUAGCUACUGGAACGUAUUCAGUAAAGAGUAUUGACAGGCCCUACCCAUUCUUGGGGAUUUUAUUCUUACUAAAGUAACAUAUCUUAAGCAUUGUUCACAAUGCUUCUGCUGAUGUUUCAUAAACCUAACAUUUAAAAGUGCACUUUCUUCUAUAUGCAUGUCAUUAUUCAGGCAUAUUGUAAGUAAAUGAUGUACUGGAAAAUGUUCAGUUUCCUACAUAAAAUAAACUUUCAUUUGCUGAA